AUGCCCACCGACGACGAGGGGUGCCAGGUCAGUUUCCGCCGGUUGAAACUGGGUGAUGACUGGCUCUCGCACUACAGGAUGGUCGACAGGUUACCUGAACCAGGCCAACAACAAGCGAAUUGGACACAUACGCCUGGGUCCCCGUCUGCGGCUCCAAUGGCAAUCUCGCAGAGCAAGUUCGGGCUCUUGGCCGCCUCCCAUGGGAUGACCUACAGCCUGCGGUCCGCGAACGGUUCAACCAGUGGCCCCCCGUUGCAAGACAGCUGUGGGAGUCAGAGCUCCAAGAGCACCACGAUGCCCUCAUCCAUCCGCGCCUGGAUCUGGCACUAUCUGGACGACAACCUGUUCUCAUUUGCAGCUUCAGCGGACCUCGUCCGGUUCGCCUCGCCUGUCUGGGACCACGUGCGGGCCCUCCGCCACCACCUGAGUGUCUUGCGCGCUGGCCACGGGGACCUGUUCACGGCCAGCCACAGCAGAUCGAGGAGGGCCAGGAGGCGGCCGGGAGCCGGGCAGAGGAAGCGGCCGAGAUAA